UUGCUUUGGGCGUGCCAUACACAAAUCGCCAUCGCGCGGCAUCGGGCCAAGAGUGAAUUUAUUGCGAAUUCGCUAAUCCCAAAUCAAUCAUCACCACACCAACACCACCACCUCCACCACCCUCCGCGUGGCCAUCUUCCUCCUCGCUCGACGCUCGUCUAUCUCUUCUUGCCCGGCCGGUCCCGGUCUCCACUCUCCACGACCAAGUCUUGUGCCCCUCUCUCUCUCUCCCUCUCCCCUGCCACUGCCACUGCUACUAUCCAAUCCAAGUCGUCUGUUCCCUCUCGCCUGCACACAAGCCGCAUGCCUGUCCUUCCAACCAUGAUCAGUGCAUGAUUCGGCCGUCCCCAUGUUGCUCCGCAGUACAAUCUCGCCGGCGUCCAUGGAGAAGACGCGCCGCCACCGGGUGCUACUUCUGGGUGUCCUGCUGCUGCUGGUCUCCGGGCUCCCUGAUCUCGGCAGCUGCAACGAUGGCGAACAAGGAGGAACUAUGAACCCAGAGGAAGGUAUUGCCUCUGCCUCCGAAGCUAGGAUAAAGAUAAUAAUCCACGGUGACCGUAGCAGGAAAUUCCUGCAAGAACAGCAGCAGCAGAACAGGUACUGGGCCGGCGGGCAUUUCGGCAACAAGGCGGCGUCGUUGCCAGAUGUGACGACGACGAUAGACCAGUGGCCGCCAUCAUGGCUGCCGUGGGCACCCAAGGCUGCUACGCCGCCGAUGAUGAGCUUUCCCUUUCCACCAACGCAAGCCCCGGCACCUUCGCCGGCGGCGGCGAUGGUCUCAAAUCCUUGGCACAGCAGCAUCACGCUGCCCCCACAGCCGCCCGCGGCGGUGGUGGUACCGGCCGGCGUCGGCAGUAAGCCGGUGGUUGCCGGCGGCGGUGCGGCGAGGCCGCCGCACUCUGGCGUGAGCAGGCCUGUCUAUGUCAUUGCUGCGGCCGGGGCGUCCCUUGUGGCGGCCAUGUCGGUGGCCCUCUUCGUCCUCUGCUACCGGUCCAACAAGGUGGUCACCGUCAGGCCAUGGGCGACCGGACUCAGCGGCCAGCUGCAGAAGGCGUUCGUCACAGGUGUGCCGUCGCUCAAGAGAUCGGAGCUUGAGAUCGCCUGCGAGGAUUUCAGCAACGUCAUUGGGACCUUGUCGGAUUACAUGGUGUACAAGGGGACGCUGUCGACCGGCGUGGAGAUCGCGGUGGUGUCCACCACCAAGAACUCCGCCAAAGAAUGGUCCAAGCACUGCGAAUCACAGUUCAGGAAGAAGAUAACCAGCCUGUCGAGAGUGAACCACAAGAACUUCAUCAACCUGCUGGGAUACUGCCAGGAAGAGCAGCCCUUCACAAGGAUGAUGGUGUUCGAGUACGCGCCAAACGGCACGCUCUUUGAGCAUCUACACGUUAGAGAGGACGGUUACCUGGACUGGCCGACUCGCCUGCGCGUGGCGGUGGGCGUGGCCUACUGCCUGGAGCACAUGCACCAGCUGAGCCCGCCGGAGAUCCUGCGGGCGCUGGACACGUCCACCAUCUGCCUCACCGACGACUUCGCGGCCAAGAUCUCCGACGUCGUCUUCUGCGACGAGCCCCGCCUGUCGCUGUCCCUGUCCCCGGCGGCGAUGUCGGACAGGGAGAGCGUGGUGUACAGCUACGGGAUGGUGCUGCUGGAGACCAUGACCGGACGGUUCACGGCGUCGUCGGACGGCGGCCUGCUCGAGAGCUGGGCCGCGGCCUACCUCAGAGGGGAGCGGCAGCUCAGGGACGUGAUGGACCCCGCCCUGCGGAGGUCCUUCCACGCCGCCACCGUCGACAAGCUGGACGGCGUCAUCAGGGGAUGCACGGACCGGGAGCCCAGGCGGCGGCUGGCAAUGCCGGAGGUCGCCAAACGCCUCAGGGAGAUCACCGCCAUGCCACCCGACGCGGCCACCCCCAAGGUGUCGCCGCUGUGGUGGGCGGAGCUGGAGAUCAUCUCCACAGAGGUCAACUGAACCCAAGACGGACGAACCGAUGUUUUAUUACAAAUUAAGAUGUCGACAAUCCAAAUCCUGAAAAAAGAAUGAAAUUUCCAGAACAAUGUUUAUUAGUUCAAAUGCACAUGAAAAACACUCUUUGGUAGUAGAUAAUACAGUUUGCUUCUUUUUGCUAAUUUUAUUUUUCGGGUUUUUGUUGAAGUCUGUCCAUCUGUACAUAUGAACAAAAGGAAGUGCGCGACCAGAGCUGUUUUUUUCAUUUUUUUAAAUAACAUUACUUUAAUAA